AAUGCUAAUGUACCCCAGCCUGAAAGUAGUGGGGGGGCUUUGUAGCAGGGCCCUGAAGGGACUUUGAAACAUGAACCCAAAAAAAAAUAAAAUUCAAGCGAAGAAAUAUAAAGUAGUUAGUUUGAAUAGCUGUUAAAUUAUUGCAGCCGUUGCAGCGGGCGUUCCGAGUAGCCAGAUCGCAAGGAUCUAGGUUUAGUGCCAGUUUUAACUAGGCAUUGCCACCUGAUCACGAUCGCACCAACGUUGCCACUGUGUUAGCGUUGCCAAUACGGUAGCGUUGCCGACCACGUUAGUGUUGUCAACCACGUUAGCGUUGCCAGUUGGACCUAUCGGUUGAACUCUGAUUGGGAUAAACGCAAUCCUGAGCCAGGGCUGUGUUGAGUAGUUGGACUAAAAUUUUAGGAACCACGUUCCUGGAGAAUUUUCGCUGCAUCCGAACAGAUAAAAGCUCGAAUUCCAAUUGGGACGACCUUUUUACUUUGUGCGCAUCCGAAACCGACAGUCCGGUCCGUGUCCGUUGGCACGGUAAAAUAUAACCUCUGUGCGGGAAGCUAAUGUGAAAAUUUAAAUCAAAUUAGUGCUGAGAACUUGGCUAUUAGUGCCACCGCGUCGAAUUCCCCAGGCCAAGGGUAUUUUCGGUGGUGUUUGCAGGAAGGUGUUGUUUGCAGAGAAAAGUGAGUUAUAAGGGGAUUCAAAGUGAACCCGCGUGGUUAACCUAAUUUUUCUACAGGGACAAAUUUUGGAAAAGUCGGAUCACGGGAUAGCUUCGUGUCCGGCUUAAGAUCUCACGACUGCUGAAAGUGGCUGAGAAUUCUGGGAGUAAAUCAGGCUUUCGAGGGGCAGGAUCCGGAGGUAUGUAAACGAGUGAAUAGUGUGGAUCGGCCAAACCUAACCGCAGUGCUUUUUAGUAGGUUAUGCCCCUAAGCCUCGGGCAAGGGGAGAGAAGUGAACUAAUGUAGCUAGCUAAUACAACGCUCCUAAACAAGUCGCCGGCAUUAACCCAUUGCUGCAGAAAAAAAACGGAGGAAAUUUAAUCCCCAAGACCGUCGUCAACCUGCAGCCGUUAUAUAUAUCACCACGAUGCUCGCGAUCGAACCCUUCUCACAUGGAAAAUCCACACGUUUUUAAAUAUGGAGAGAGUCUAUAAAAAUUUUAUUUUUAUUCCUUUUGCUCUUCUUAUAUAACCUGCCAAGACAAAAUUUCUGAGCCCCUUUGAGGAGCAGCGUGUUCGAGUUACGCAAAUAAAUUUUUUUUUUGUAGAUAUAAUAUUAUUUUAGUGAUGAUCAUUUCAAGAAUCAAUUAAUUUAAAGUUGUUUGAAGUUUCUAAAAUAUGCUUAUAUAAUAUUUCUUGAUUAUCUAACCUAAAUUUUUCCAGUGUAUGCAUAUGCGCGCUGUUAAGUCUAAAGCUCUGACCAAACAAUAACAAUGCUCUUUUUGCAUUAAGUUGCAUUCUACACAGCGUUUGGCCAAUUACAUUUUUUUUUCUUUAUGGUUUUCGAGUAGCCAACAAAGCUCCCUAUGCGACCUUUAAAUAUCUCUUUCAGCUUUCAGCCAUCGGGAGAUCGAUCUUUCGUCGCUGGAUCUGGAUAAAAUUUAGCCUUGAUAAGACAACAGCAGCAAGAAUCUGGACCAAUUUAUAAUCGGAGAAACAUAACGAAUUGCGUAGGCAAAGCAAAGUUUCCAAGUGAUUAAUUUCACAAAAAGACAAGAGGAACAGACAGCAACUCGAGCCAAGCGAUAAGAAAGCCAGAUGCCGCCAUGAGUUUCCUCAGCUCCAUGCAGCAAUAUGUAACAAGUGGCAUCUCCAGUUUGGGCCUGGGCAAUCGCCGCUUCUCGCUUUCCCGCCAGGAGUCGAGUGAGCAGCAGUCGGGCUCUGGUGGCGCCCCACCUGGCGGCCUCGUUUCCGGUCAGCAGCAGCAGCAGCAGGCGCCGUUUCCGCAGCAGCAACUGCAGCAGCAGCAGCAGUCACUUCCGCAGCAGCAGCAGCAGCAGCAACAGCAGCAACAGCAGCUGCAGCAGCAACACGGACAUGCCCCACUGCAGCAACAGGCGAGCAUUGGCAGCGGACUGGGCGGCUACGGCACCCCGGCCCCGCCCACCGGGGUGGUGGCCGCUUCGGGGGGCGGCGGUAAUUACCCCUCCGGCGGCGUGGUAAUCGGCAACCCAAAUGCCACCAAUCCAUUACUGGGAUACCCGAAAAUACCAGGUGGGGCUGCGGGACCCGGCAGUCCCUCGACAUCCGCCUCCGGUGGGAGUGGCGGUACGCCCCAGUCGCGUCGUCAGUCGCGGGCGCUGGAAUGCCUGGCCCCGCCCCGAACCGGAUCCUUCAGGCAGCGCAACUCGCCGCUCCACCAGCCGGAUCCGCCCCCUCGUCCCCCGUUGGCCUUCUGCAAACGCCGGCUGAGUUGGCCCGAAGUGGACCCGCGCUCCGAUUCCGGAGUUCAGGAAACGGACGGCUCGUACUUCGAGAACUUUACAUCGCUCGGCUGGAAACGUGAAAAUCGUCGCAUGUCGGCCACGCGUGCCGCCGAAGCACGUGCCGAGGCUAAUCCCGAGAACGAACGUGAUCCGCCGGCGACCGAGGAGACCAUUGACCGCCAGGACGAGAAGGAGAAGCUGUACGCGGAGGUCCUGCACACCAUUGCCAACACGGUCGGUGCUCCGGCUCCGGGCGGCCAGUUUGCACAUUACAAGGACGAAAUGUAUCUGCACGCACAGCGCGCCUUCGGUGUCAAUCCGGAUCGUCAUUAUCGCCUGCUGCACGCCUCCGCCGAGGAUAAACCAAAGAUAAUCGUACUCUCUGCGGUGGUAAUCGAAGCUGAUGGCCUCGAGGCAAAGGACGCCAAUGGUUUCUCGGAUCCGUACUGCAUGCUGGGCAUCCAGCCGGACGAGAACGGCGGUCCGCCCGUGUCGCCGCUGCCGCUGCCGCCGACGCCGCGCGCCCUCUCCGCGGACAUGAGCGGCGGAUUCGACAAUAGCGCCACGGACUCGCCGCCGCACCGCAAGCACAGCUUCCGGCUGAGCUUCAAGCGGCGGGAGGCGGGACGGCGGGAGCAGCGCGACUCACUGGGCGGACCGGUGCCGGCCAAGCUCAUCAAGGCGACCAGCAUCAAGCCCCACACACUGACGCCCAAAUGGAACGAGAAGUUCAAGUUCGACAUAGAUGACAUCAAUACGGACACCUUCCACCUGGACAUUUGGGACCACGAUGACGAAAGCUGCGUCCUGGACGCCGUCUCGCGACUGAAUGAGGUCCGUGGAGUUCGUGGACUGGGGAGGUUCUUCAAGCAGGUGUGUCAAUCGGCUCGUCAGGGUUCCCAGGACGAUUUCCUGGGCUCCGUGAACAUUCCGCUGUCGGAAAUCCCAUCCACCGGACUGGAUGCCUGGUUCAAGCUGGAGGCACGCAGUCAUCGGAGCACCGUGCAGGGUCGCAUCCGGCUCAAGAUGUGGCUCUCGACCCGCGAGGAUCGCAGCACCGUCGCCGAGGAGAACCACGAGCAGCAGAUCCACAAGGUGGAGCAGCUCCAAAGGGUCUUCAUGCAGCACGAGGUCACCACGCACGAGCCUUCGUGGACCUGGUGUGGCGACCUGCCAGGACCUGCUCUCACCAUCCUGCAUCAGUUGGCUGUGCAGUCGGAUCUCUCGGACUUACACUGCGCCAUGGCCAGAUAUGUGGCUGCUGCCAAGUUGAAUCGCUCCACCCCGCUGGACCCCAAAUUCCUGCACCGGCUGCUCAGCGACGUGGAGAAGCAGUGGAACCAGCCGAACCAGGAGGCCCUCAGUCGGGAUCUCGAACAGUGGCUGGCGGAUGCCAUGAACGGCUUCGUGGAGCGCUCCCUCAACCAAAUCCGUCGGCACCGGGACAUCUUCCCCGCCCUCAAUCCGCCCUCGCUGAUUCGCCUGGAGUUCCUGCUGCGCUGCCUGGGACUCCUUGGUUCGAUGAGGGCCUUCAGGGCCGUGUGUCCUUUUAACAAGGGCGUGAGGGGCGAGGUGGUCAACGCCCUGCGCAAGGGAUCCGUGAUGUGGGGCCAGACGGUGAUGCGGGAAUCGCAGGGCCUGCCCAAUCCAUUAUCGAAUUUCGUAACAACAUUAACGGCCGACAUUCAGCUGGGACAGACCUACUAUCAUGCCCUUUUCGACAACACGAACGGCAUCCAGUACUUCAGCAUCAUCUACAAACAAUACGAUGCGAUGGUGGGCGAGGAGGUGUACAGCCGGAUGGCCGCUGGCCAGGUGCCCGGGGUGCGGAUGAACCUCUCCCAGUACGCCGUGCUCGAGGGCGAUGCGGAGCCGGUGGACACGAAGCCGUUCGAGCUUUUCCUGGCCCUGCAGGAGUUCUGCCAGCUGAAGCGACACCUGUCCGCCCAGCCACAGCCGCCGGAGAAGCCGCUGGCGCUGAGCAACAGCCACGAGUGGUUCAUCCCGACGCUGGAGCGCUGGAUGAUGGUGAGCAAGGCGAAGGCGCUGCAGAGGAUUAGGGCGGCCAUUAGGAUGGACGCCAUCUGCGAGGGUGAGCGGAUUGUGCGGUACAGUAGCUCUUCGGUGGACACGGCCAGCACGCUGCUGAACAUCAAGGAGUUCUGGAAGGUGAUGAACUGGCCGGACGAGGACACGGCCAUCAUGAUGGAGUCGCAGCUAAUCGAUGUGGUCUGCUCGGCGGCCAUGCACUACUGCGACCUGAUCCACACCGCCCUGGCGGACAGUGGCUACUACGAGCAGCAGGGUCCAUUCCGGUGCUCCGACGACAUGUGCGUGACGGUCAACAAUGUGGAGUAUGUGCGUCGCACUCUGGCCGAGUUUCGAUCCGAUGAACAGCCGCUGGAGGAGUCGGCCGACAAUCUGCUCGAGUCCAGUCUCACCCACAUGGAGAACCGCUGCGAGAGGAUCCUCUCCAAGCUGGCCCCCCUCAUGCAGAUGUCCCUGCAGAAGGCCAUGUUCCAUCUGGCCUGGUCACCCGAUUCCCUGCCCGCCAACCAGGCCAUUGUGCCCCUGCUGGAGUACCUGGAUUGCCACCUGGCCGCCCUGAACAGCGCCCUGCUCACCAAGAACUUCAAUCGCUCGCUGCGAUUCAUCUGGAAAACGGUUCUGGGCGAGAUGUCCCGCCAAAUGGAGACGGGCGAUGAGACGGACAAGCCGACGCAUUUCCACAAGCGUCUGUACGAGGCACUGCAGCUGCUCAUCGACUUCUUCCAUGCCGAGGGUCAGGGCCUGCUCCUGGAGUGCCUGCACACCGAGGACUUCUGGCGCAUCGAGCAGAGGCUGCAGUUCCACAAGACGGACACGGAUCGGCUCAUCGACAUGUUCUACAUGCAGCGACUAAGGGAGCAGCUGAUGGCCGUCAUGCCCUCACCCUACGGAUCCCUGGCCGUGAGGGCCUACUUCAACCACGACUCGCUCUGCGUGGAGGUCCUGCAUGCCAGGGAUGUGGUGCCUCUGGAUCCGAAUGGUUUCAGCGAUCCCUUCGUGGUCAUAGAGCUUCUGCCACGGAGGAUAUUUCUGCACUGCAUGGAGCAGCAGACUAAUGUGCACAAGCGCACUCUUCACCCCGUGUUCGACGAAUGCUUUGAGUUCUCCGUGACAUUGGAGCAGUGUUUAACCGAGGGUGCCAUGAUCUGCUUCACCGUGAUGGACCACGAUGUCCUGACGGCCAACGAUUUCGGUGGCGAGGCCUACUUGGCACUGGGCAACAUUCCCGGGGUGGCGGACUACUCCACAAGUGUGGACAACUUCCAUGGGCUGAAGCAAAUCGAACUGCCACUCAUGGAGCAGAAGGAUAAAUGCAAUCCUAUUUUGCAAAUCCUCGAAGUGCGAAUCAACGACAAACAGGCCCAGGAUUUUGUGCGCAAGCAAAAGGCGCGAUUUAUCAAUUGAUUCUAAGAGGGAUAGAUACAGAUGAACACAGGACUACCGAACGAACCGUUUGUAAAACGUUUUGAACGGAUCGAUCAAUGAAAUUGCAUCGAUGGCGACGAUGAUAACUUAACCAAAGCUAAAUUGUAUCCAAUCCAGCAUUGUAUGUAUUGUACUUAAUCUAGUUGUUUGACAAAGACUCCUCCUUCUCUUCAGUUUGUAAAUGUUAGCGAAGAAUCGAAAUUCAAAUGGUGCAAAAGUGACGAGCGGCAGGAAAUGGGAACUCCGUUUCCCAUUGCUCUAAACUAAACGUUGCUUGAACAAAAUUACGGAUAAAUUAAAAAACAAAAAUUAGGGUCUUAUUAGAAGCCAAGCCUAUUGCUGAAAUUGUCACAACUGGGCAAUCAAAGAAAAUGAAUUAGCCAGCAAAAUCUCAUGUACGAACACACUGAACUCGAGCUACCUACUCCAGCACCCAGAUGCGUUUUGAAGACUUUUACCACGAAAAACACGAUUAAGAUAUGUAACUAAGGAUUUGCGGAUUACUACACAUUUUUUGGGUCAAUUUAAACUAUACGAAUAUAUAUCAGCAACAUGUAUACCUAAAUAUACAAAGGACAGUUCAGCACCUUUUCUACCAAACGCCAAGAAACAAUCAAAAAUCUGCGUAACUCUGAGCUUCUUUGAAACCCCCCAAAAAACAGAAAACACAAACAAAGAAACAAACAAACAAACAAACACACACGGAACAUAAUCACAUCCAGACAAACAGGAGAAAGCUAUUUACAAUAUAUAUGAAAAUACAUGAGAUGCAUGUACAUGAUUUGUACAUUUUAUAUCACGCCCAAAGGACAGUGUAACUAAGUCUAAAGUAUAUUUGUAAACUAUUUUCUGAGCACAGAUUUUGUAUAAAUUUAUUAGACACGCGCUUGUCCCCCGAGAGGCAGCCUUCAGCUCUUUUGCUUAUACACAACUUAGGGCUUUUCCCCAUUUUAUCCCCACCAACUUUUACCAAAAAAAACACUUUUCACGAACACCCCUCCCCAAUUGGUUUUUCCACCCCAGAAGGUCUCGCUUCUAUUGUAAAUUUUGUACUAUAUACAAUGGUCUCUAUAAUGAAGGAACUUAAACUUAAACUUAAACCCAUAUGAAUAAAGAAACAAAAUUGUCGAAACUGUAUAACUCUAAACUGUAAACUAAAUGCAAGUACUUUUUAUACCUUUCGCAAAGGAGGCAGUGGGCGUGGCUGAGGACAAUUUUAGAGAAGAAAACUAAAGUUAAACUACUUAAAGAAAUGCACAACAAAGAAAUGAAAAUCCAAGUCAAAUUACAACUAUUUUUAAUAUUUACACUUAACUCAAGCGAUCAGCAAGAAAUUUCAUGAUUGUUAAUUACAAAUGAAUGGAGUAUUAUGCAAACCAAUAUGAAUAUAUAGAUAAAUGGAUUAAUAAUUAAUCGGUAAUCAAGCAUUUAGUUUGUAAGAUAAUCGUUUGGUAUGAAAUAUUUGCACAGCCUUUCAACAUCUGAAUCUACUACUGUAAUUUUUGUUGAAUAAGUUCGGUUUUUCUUAAACUUUAUUUAGUCUGCCAUCGCCAAGACAUCGACAGAAGUUAAGAUCUCCAAGGGACAAACAUCGAAGUAGAGUCAACGCUGUACAAUCAUAAUUUCAAAUGCUCUAUAUGCUAUGUUCAACUAAAGCUCCUAAUUCACUCAGUAUCUUCCAAGGGCACUCGUUAUUUUAAACUCCUCACUUUCAACUGCUAUCUUCCAUACUUUGUGCAGCAAAACCAGUAUGCAAAUAAAUAGUUAAAUGGAUAAACAUAAAUGUAGGCAAGCGUUUGCUGGACUAACCAACCAUAACUACUAUGUUGAUAUGUGUACCUAUGAUAAUUUCCUAAUAUCGAAUAGACAAAUUCAAACAAACAUGUGGGCAAACAAGAAUAAAUGAAAUCAAAUUAAACUAUUCAUGUUACUAGCACUAGCUAAAAAAUAUGUAAAUCGCGAGCAGAGUAGGAUAAAUAUAAACAAAUGUGAAAUUUUCAUUUGAAAGCGAAUCCGAUAAGGAAUGCGAAAAUUGGCCAAACAAAGAGACCAAACGCAUUUCCCAAACCGCAACAAAACCCACAAGCAACUGAAACUAUUGAAAAUCAAGGCCAAAACAAGCAUAAAACCCUAUACUAUAACUAUAUAUAUAUAUACAUAUUUGAAUGUGCAAUUGUUGUGCUAGUUACAGAAUACAAAGGAAACCAACAAAAAGCCCUCCUACAUAUACAGAAUGAAAAUGAAAAUGCAAAUAAAAAUAUUUUUAAUUGCCACAUUUGCAGUCGACCAGCAGAAAUAAAAACGGAAACUAUUUUCGAUAAUAUACGUUACAAACAUUUAUUUUCCCGUUCCAUUUAUAGCGGACUUUUACAAAAAACCACACACUUUCCCCCAGAUACUAAGUAUUUACAACUAUUGUAUUUUUUGUAUGCCAAGACAGAACUAUAAAACACUCCACCGCCGAAACUUGAUACAAAUAUUUUGAAAGAAAAACUACUAACUGAAAAGCAAAGUAAAUAUAUAGUUUUUUUUAAACGUGAGUGCAUAUAAAUCGUAUGUGUGUGUAUUGCAAAUACCAACGGGCCAGAAUUCAGGUUCCUAAGCUCCCCUCCGUAAAUAUCUGAACAGAUAUCCAAAUAGCAAACACUGCAAUCUGUUAACUAACCCUAGGUGCAUAAUUGUGUGUCUGUGCAACAGCUUAUAUCAAAUCAAAACAAAUCGAUGCGAAAGCGACAGGAGAAAUAAGUACGAAAACGAAGAAAACCCUUAACACAUAUUCAAUGUAAAUUCAACAAAAUGCUGCAGAAAAACCAUUAUCAAAUUCAAUCAAUAAAUGUCAAUGAAUAAUUAA